UGCGAGAGAUAGGUGUUUAUUGUUAAAUGUCUUGUCAUUUUAUUUGGCAUAAUAGAUUAUCACAUUGUCGUUGUCUUCAUCGGUUCUUGUUUUUUAGACUCGACAAAUAAAUAUUUUGUUAAUUCUUUCUCUUGUUGGUUGGUUAUGUAGCGGUAGCGUGGCUAAGAGAAGAGUAAAGUUAGUAACCUAGUUUCUUUAAAUCUUUUUGAGUCUCUUAAAUCUUUCUGGAUAAACAUAACGUAGACAUUAACAUUUGGACAGUCACGGUCUCGAAACAAAAGUAGCAAAGCCAUUUGAAAACGACGGUGUGUCUACAUUGAAGUAUCAUAAAAUGAACGGACAAGCUGAAGUAGAGGUGGAUUACAAGAGAAAAUACAAAAAUCUCAAACGCAAGUUGAAGUUUAUAGUAUAUGAGCAAGAGUGUUUUCAGGAGGAGCUGAGAAGAGCUCAGAGGAAACUAUUAAAAGUUUCAAGAGACAAAAGUUUUCUGUUGGACAGGCUGUUGCAGUAUGAAAGAGUGGAUGAAGAGUCUUCUGACUCUGAUGCUACAGUCUCCUCGGACAGCGAUGGAGAGGGAGCCAGAGAGAGAGACCGGGAUGCAGGGAAAAAGAGGAGAAGUCCUGGAGUUCCUCCCAUCCCGACGUCCUCAUCUCCUCAUCUCUCACUCCUGUCCCGCUCUGGUGCGGUUCCUCUCCAGUCAUCUGCUCCGGCACAGUACCUCAACACUUUACCCUUCCCUCCUGAGUAUUUGGCUCCCUCUGCUGAGCGUGUGAAGAAAGAGAGAAAAACAAAACUGGCCAAACACAGGAAAGACGGUUCAGGGAAGGUGGUUGGCCACGUCACGUCCAGUUACCCUGCAGGCAGUGGUGCAGCUGGGGGGGCGAGUGGGCCGUUCAGCUGGGUCCCACAGCAGAUGCUGAGUGAGGAUGCAGCCGAUGAAGAGGGAGAAAGCGAGGGGGAUAGUGACCAAGGAGAGGAGGAAAGAGGAGAAGGUGAUGAGGCAGAGCUCGUCAUUGACAUACCCAAUGAGUGAAGAUUGAGUUACCAAAAAAACCCUGACUCAUCUUGGAUACUGGAUAGGCUCAUUCUUUUAAGACUGCUGAGCUGCAAUACAUUACCUGUAAGCAUGCAGUAAAUUUAGAGUUGUGCGACAGAAUUUAGACAAUAAGGGAGGGAAAGAGAGUGAGCAGAACAAAGAGAGGAAAAACACACUGAGAUUGAGAGAGCCACACCCAUUUUACCCUGGAGCACAUCAACACAAGUCCAGGCAAGUUGCUAUGGGAUUAUUAACCAUGCACACACACCAGCUGAACAUGAACUAGACACGGCAGUAUCUCUAACAGUUUAUUAA